UUCGUAUGUAUUGCACGUGGUUCAGGGAGGAAAGGCCCGGUAAAGCCACUGCAGGCAAGCACGAACACCAUCAGCAUACCUACCUCCUACCCUCUUCAAUUCCAUCCGUCAUUUAACCCUCCCUACCCCCUCACACAAUUCCAGUCGCGCCUCACCCCCAACUCCCUCACCGAUAAAUCCCACCAACUGAGAGGACAAAAUGCUCCAACCCAGCACCCUAACCGGUCCCCCUUCCCUCUUCACCACCACAUUCCCCACCCUACACCACCAAUUCCAGCAGAACGUGCGCGACUACCCAGACACGCUCGCGCUAAUCUGUCCCCACCAACCGGCGAACCUCUAUACCACCCGCGAUGAAGCGUCUUCGACGAGGACCAAGAACCCCAGCGCGAGCUCUCUGCGCUGGACCUACGCGCAGCUCGACGAGAAGAUCGAGCGGUUCGUGGCGAGUCUCCGACGACGGGGGAUCGGGCGCGGGUCGCUGAUGGUGCUGUUUGCGACGAAUACCGCGGAGUAUGUGGUGGUGACGUGGGCGGCGUAUCGGAUUGGGUGUGUCCAUGUGCCGUUGAGUCCGAGGUGCUUGGGGCAUGAGAGGGAGGCGGUGCAUAUGCUUGAGACGGCGGUGGGGGCGUGUCGGCCGGAUGCGGUGGUCGUUGUUGCUGCUGCUGGGUCGGGGCGAGAGGACGUGUUGGGGCGGGUUGCGGGGUUGGUUCGGGGGUUGCAGCUGCAGGUGCAGUGCUGGUUGAUUGCGAUGUCGCGGGGAGAGGGAGGGGUUAGGGAUGGGUGGGUGGGGUUUGAGGAGCUUAUGCGUUUCUCGAAGCCAGGGGGCAAAGAUGUGCAGCUGGCGCCAGAGGAACAGGAACAGGAACAGGAGGAGGAGGAAGAGGAAGAGGAAGAAGAAGAGGACCGCCGGUCUGAUGUUACCCAGCUCUCGGACGAUGAUAGUCGUCUCUCGGAUGACUCCCUGGAGCAGCCACAGCCGCAGCCGCAGCCGCAGCAGCAGCCGCAGCAGCAGCAGGAAUCGUCCAUCUUCUUCACGAGCGGCACUACCUCCCUGCCCAAGGGCUGCUUCGUGCAGGGGGCCGCCUUCUGCACGACCGCCGCGCGUGCCUCGCGAGCAGACCCCCGCCACCCCACGCGGCCCGGCGAUCGCGUCGCCGUCGUGCUGCCCAACAACCACGCCUUCGGCUAUCAAAUCCUCAUGGCGGCCUUCCUCAAUGCCGCUACCGUCGUCUUCCCCGGCGAGGCGUUCGUCUCCGAGCGACUGAUCGAGACGAUCCGCCAGGAACGCUGUGCGCACGUCGCGCUGGUGCCGACGAUGGUGCACGCGCUGAAGGGCGUGGCGGUGGCGCCGGCCCAGAAGCUCGAUUCCCUCCGACGAGUCGUGCUGGCGGGCGCCCCGCCAACGGAGGAGGUGCUCCGCAUCUGUCUCGAGCAUCUCGGGGCGCAGGCGGUUGAGAACUUUUAUGGGAUGACCGAGGGGAUCGUGGUUUCGACCGGGCCGGUGGAGAGGCUCGACGAGGCCGUCUGCGGGCGUGAUAUCUCGAUCGGCCGGCCGUUGUCCGGCGCGAGCGUGCGGAUCUGCGCAAAAGACAGUCGGGUCCCUAUUGCGGUGGGCGCCGUUGGGGAGGUGCAUUUCUCCGGACCCAGCUUGAUAGACGGGUAUAUUGGGAACAGGGACGAUGAGAAGUUCUACACCGGCGAGGACGGGCAUAGAUGGUUCUGCACGGGGGAUAAGGCCGUCGUUGGGGAGGAUGGGCGGCUGUAUCUGGUGGGGAGAUAUAAUGACACGAUUAUUCGAGGGGGAGAGAAUAUCGAGCCCUCGGCCAUUGAGGCGGUGCUGGGCCAGACGGCGGAGUUCCACGUGCUCGAGCCGCAGAUCGUCCGAGCCCCGGAUAACGUCGCUGGUGAGGUGCCUGUGGCGGUGCUGCGGACGGACGUCGAUGAGCAGCUGGCACGCCAGCUCAAAGAUACCAUCCAAACCAAGAUGGGGGCGCUCUUUGUCCCGGCGGGUGUGGUGCCGGUGUCGGCGUUAGGGCUGGAUGACUAUCCCCGGACCCUUGCCGGCAAGGUCCAGAAGUCGAAACUGACGGAGCUGGUCGAGGCGUACUGGACAGCCCAGAAGUCUCAAGCGCGAAGCAAGUUGUACAGUCGCGCGAUGCUUGGAUCAAAGCUGAGACAGGCCUGGGCUCAAGCAUCGGGGCUCAACGAUGCGACGAUGAUGGAUGUGAACGUGAACCUAGCAGCAUAUGCGGACGUUCGCUUGCUCGAAUCAAUCAAGACCCAGAUCUGGAAGGACAUGGCCAGCAACGUCACCUUAUCAGACUGGCUGGCGGCUGACACGGUCGCAGAGGAGAUGGAAGCGAUCGGGGCCAGUGGCCAGGCAGCACUCGCGUCGCAUCCAAAUUCACGGCUCAUAGAAUCACUGUUAGCGGCUAUUGCCUCCGCGAAGGGCGAGAAUAUGGACCAGACGCUGCGAAUGGUCGACCUAGGAAUCGACUCCAUCACCUCGAUUGCGCUGCUCAACCAAAUUCGCCAGGAAUCAGGCGUUUCCCUCCCAUCAUCCCUCUUCUUCACCCCCCACACCCUCGGCGAGCUCAUCGAGCGUCUACAAUCUUCCACCGACCCAGCUAACCUUCUCGACAUUGAUCCCACCACCCAAGAGACCCCCCGCGAAUGCUUCUCCACCCUCAUCCAAGGCACCCCCAAACCCGGCGUCCCCUCCCUGUUCAUGACCCCGCCCGGCUCCGGCUACGCCUUCUCCUACGAGCCGCUCCCCAAGUUCGCCAACGACCUCGCCAUCUACGCACUCGGCUCGCCCUUCCUCAUGACCAAGUCCGCGGCCACCUGGACGGUCGAAGAAGCCGCCGCGCUGUACGUCCAGACGAUCCGCAAACUGCAGCCCGAGGGCCCCUAUCUACUAGGUGGCUGGUCGAUGGGCGCGAUCCUCGCCUACGAGGAGGCCUACCAGCUGCGGCAGCAGGGCCAGCAAGUCGUGGGGAUCAUCAACCUGGACAUGCCGCUGCCGCGGCCGGACCCGCACGUCCUGGAGCCCACGGUCAAGCUCCUGGAGGUCGUGGGCUUCUAUCCGGCGAUCCGACGCGCCGGCAAGCCCGACAUGGAGAUCCCGUCAUACCGGCGCCAGCACAGCUUGGCCUCGGUCCGGGCGAAGCUGAAGUACUCGCCGCGCCCGAUGUGCACGGCCAGCGACGACCCCACUCCCGUCCGGAUCUUCGUGAUCUGGGCGGGCCACGGCGACCCCGAUCGUCUGCCUGCCGUGCUGGUGGAGGCGGACGAGAUCCUGCGGAGGUGUGGUCCGGACACGCAGGCGCGCACCAGUCAGGAGUGGCUGCAGACGCCGCGGGAGUCGAUGGGCCCCGGGGGUUGGGCGGAGAUGGUCGGCGAGGAGAAUGUCGAGUGUCGUGUUAUCGAGCAUGCGCAUCAUGAUACGCUGAUGGAUCCGGAGGUGGUGGAGUACACGGCGCGACUGAUGCAGGUGGCAGUCGACAAAUGGUUGUCGUGACUCGACCAUUUUUAGGCAACAGGGAAGAAAAGUCGUCUAAUGAGGACAAGGCCAGCUUUUCACGCAUUAUACUGGUUCAUAGCUGUGCAUGUUCUCGUGAUAGCGAAGUGGUGAAAAGUCCUUCCCAAGGAUGCUGCCUGCAUAACAGCGGUAAUGUUCUUGCAUGUUUUUUUCUUAGCGCAUAAAAUCAUCAGCAUCGCGCGAUGAAG